GUAGGGACCAUUGCUAAGCUCCGAUCGGCCUGUAUUCCCACUCCAGAACAUCGUUGAUGCUUACUGUAGUACAAUGUUCGACGUUUUUCAUCCACCCAACUCUGUUUUUUAUUAAUCUUUCCAUAUUAAAAAGUGUACAACACGUUUCACGAAGAAGCCAUAUAUGUAUGUAUGUGAAUAGAUAACUGAUACAUAAUAAAUUUGUAUUUGAAAUACUAGAAAAAAAUGACUGAUCCAAAUGCUUCGGUUGUUAUUGUUAAAGCAAAACCAGUUAGAAAGGUUUUUAAGGCUCCCGUUAGGGUAAACAAAGUGCCACAAGAACUUUUAAAUGAUCCUGUACUCAAUGCUGCAAUUGCAGCUUUACCCUCUAAUUAUAAUUUUGAAAUACAUAAGACAGUUUGGAGAAUAAAAGAGACGAAGGCUAAAAGAGUGGCUUUACAAAUGCCUGAAGGUCUCUUGAUGUAUGCCACAACAAUUGCUGAUAUUAUUGAAGAUUUUACUGGUGCAGAUAGUGUCAUUAUGGGAGAUGUGACAUACGGUGCUUGCUGUAUAGAUGACUUCACAGCAAAAGCCUUGAAUGUCGAUCUUCUGGUUCAUUAUGGACAUUCGUGCUUAAUUCCAAUAGAUCAAACUGUUGGUAUUAGAGUAUUAUAUAUAUUUGUAGACAUUAGAAUUGAUGCUGCACAUUGCAUAGAAUCAAUACAAGCUGCUUUGUCCAUUACCACAAAAAUAGCACUGGUCAGUACCAUACAGUUUGCAGCUACUUUGCAGUCAGUUGCAAGUGAAAUGAGAAAGGCUGGCUACGAAGCUACAGUUCCACAAAGUAAACCUUUAAGUCCUGGAGAGGUUUUAGGCUGUACAGCACCACAAAUUCGAUGUGCAGAUGCUGUAAUUUAUUUAGGCGAUGGACGCUUUCACUUAGAGGCUGCUAUGAUAGCAAACCCAAAGUUACGCGCAUUUCGCUAUGAUCCUUAUGAAAAGAAAUUAACUGAAGAAUUCUAUGAUCAUGACACCAUGAAGUCGACUAGAAAAAACGCCAUUGAUCGUGCACGAAACGCUAAUAAAUUCGGUCUAAUACUUGGUACACUUGGACGACAAGGAAAUCCAAAUGUGUUGAAAACUCUACAAAGCAAAAUAAAAUCAUUGGGAAAGGAUGAUAUAGUCAUUCUGCUGUCAGAGAUAUUUCCGGAUAAAAUUAGACUCUUUGAAGAUAUUGAUGCUUUUAUUCAAGUAGCAUGUCCAAGACUAAGUAUAGACUGGGGUACAGCCUUUGACAAACCUCUACUAUCACCUUACGAAGGUGCUGUAGCUGUAAAUUUAGCAAUUCUUGACAAUGAGAAACCCUACCCAAUGGAUUUUUAUUCAGCCGCAAGCUUAGGACCCUGGACACCUAAUCACAAGCCAUCAGAAUUGGAAAAGCAAACUGAUGCCUGUUGUGGGAAAUGCAAGGAUGGAAAGUAGCAAGUCACUCUCAAAAAUAAUAUUGCCCAGACAACACACGUGUUCAAAAGUCAUCUUUAAGAUGUCUUAAAGACAACUUUUGUGCUAUUAGACGUCUUAAAGACGACUUUUGGACAUUUUGUGAUGUCUGGAUGUGAACAUGUACAACAAGAUCAAGAAUUAUGUAAAUAAGUUUGGGUAAUAAUUAAAAUCAAAUAUAUAACCCCAAAUAAUUAAA